AACCAUAGAUACAUCCCAUGCUUGGACUCUGUCUGGCAGCUGAUGAUGGGGAAAGGUGUUUCUGGCAAAAAAGAGACUGCUUCUGCUUCAAAACUACAAUCAAAUAAAUCAAAGAACUUAGCAGCUGGAGUUCAGACAGUUCCACGAUCAGCCUCCGAGAAGCAGUCAAGACCUACUCCUCAUAGCUGUGAGAAACCAACAGCUGCAGCAAACAGCAGCAACAAGCAGCAAUACUGCCAGAGGAUUAGCAGGACUAAUUCUGACAGACAAGUAGUGAUGAGGCGACAUGAAGCUGCCAGGUAUCAAUAUGAUGAAGAUGACAAUGACACCGUACAGUCAAGGAUACUACUCCUGCUUGUGCUGAUGGUCAUCAUGGCUUACUGGAUCGGAUUCCUUUACUUUAAAACAUCACAAUUUGACUCAAGGAACAAGAUGCUCAUCUCUGCCAUACAAGAGUGCAGGAUUGAGUUUAAGGAAUCAAAAAUGGAGCAUAAGGAACAACUUGAGCUGGCUGUUAAGGAAAGAGAAGAGGAUCGUAUUGAAAUACAAAGAUUGAAGGAACAAAUGACUUUGCUUGAAUCUGAACACAAUGGCUUACUACAUCAAUGGAGACUGGCAGACAAAGAGAAAGAGAGCAAAGUCAAUGAACUACAAAAUGUGCUAAGUGAAUGCAGCUCAAACUCAACAGCAUUCAUGAAUCAACUCCAAGAAACUUCACAACUGAACUCAAUACUGACAAGAGAUACGGAGACUUUGCAAGAAUCUCUCAAAGAGCUGAAGCUAUCGGAAGAGAAUUUAAAGGAUUCACUUCAGUGUCAAGAGUAUGAAAUUGGAAAUGCAACGCUUGAUCGAGAAGUACUGGAAAUGAAACUAUAUGACAGAAUGAAGGAUGACUAUAUUCGUGAAGAAGAAAUAAAUUAUCUGAAAGUCAAAUUGGAUGAUUUAUACGAUGAAAUGGAGGAAAUGUCAGAGGAACAAGAAGCUAAACUUGAAGAGAAGAAUGCAAAACUUGCUCACCUUAUUUCCGAGAUAAAGAGUGAAAAUGACAGAUUUCUUCUAAUGGAUAAAGCAAUAAAAAAGCAAGACACAACAAUCCAGCUCUUGAAAUACCAAAUACAUGAAGAGAAGUCAAAAAAUACUAAACUGCAAGCAUCUCUUAACAAAAUGAGUGCACUAACUGUCUCUGAAGGUAAGAUAAACAUGGAGACAAAGGUGGACAAACCUGACAAAAAGCUUAAGAAUUGAAUGACGUGAAACUGUUUAUUGAAAUUUAAAAGAUACUUCAUUAUAGUGUAACUUUUAUAUAGAUUUUAAUCUUAUUAUUCGUUUCUGAGUAA